AUGGCUACUUCUACUACCUCCACCUCUCCCUACUUUGAUUCUCUCCUCAAACGCCGCCAACAAAAGAAGAUGAGCAUCACACAAACAUACUAUCUCGCUCAUACUGCCCGGAAGAAGCUCACCCGUGAAGCUUCCCGGGCAGACCACGAUCUCCGCCUUUUGGUCGGCCACGCCAACCUCCUCGACUCCCUGAUGUUCGACCUAGCCGAUGCAGAGCGUGAGCAAGAACGCUGGUUCAACCAAACCGUCAGCGGCGCCACCAAGGCCUCCUCCAACGACCGUCACAUCCAAUGGGCCUCGACCUCAACAGUAGUGGAAGAGCCCGAAGACUGGGAAGAGGAUACCUCCGACCUGGACUCAGACGUCAGCGACAGCGACAGCGAUGAUUCGGACUUCGAUGAAGCUGACUUCGUCAUCAACACCCCCGUCCGUCGCCGCUCCCCUUCACCAGUGGCUCCCUUCCACGAGGACCUCCUGGAGGAGGACGACGCCGACGACACAGACUCGGACUUUGAAUAUGACGACGCAGAGGACCUCGACGAGCUCAGCUUGACUCGGUCUCCCUCUCGCCAGUCUCCACCCGAGCUCCUCGCCGACUCGGAUGGUGAGUCCGAGGACGAGGCUACACCCCCAUCGCCGCCCCAGCCUACACUUGACUCCUUCGAUGAGAAGAAACCUGCCACCACAGCCAUUGCCCUGGCCGAGCCUGAGCAGGAUCAUCUCUUCGAACAGGGGUAUUUUGGUGCACAAGAGCAGAGUACCAUUAUCGAGGCUUACUAG